UGCCAGGGGGCGGGGAUGCCUGUCCCAGCCCCCUGUCCUCCCCACGCGGCGCCGCGGGACCCGACGCUGUGGCCGCCUGGAAACCCGAUCCUCCGCGGGGUUUGGGCCUGGGGCCACGUCACCGCGGCCAAGGCGCUCGGGCUCCGGACACCGGCCGCCGUGCACUCCCCUCCCGCGGUGCCGGCUCCGCAGUCCGGCGCGCGGGCUCAUGGCGCAGAGGCCGGGCGAGCGCGCGCGGGGCCCGGCCGAGGCCACCGGGCUCUACCGGGCGGUGCUGCUCAGGUCCGCCUCCAUGUACUCAGAGAUCCAGAGGGAGCGGGCAGACAUCGGCGGCCUGAUGGCCCGGCCCGAGUACAGAGAGCGGGACCCGGAGCUCAUCAAGCCCAGGAAGCUGCUGAACCCGGUGAAGGCCUCCCGCAGCCACCAGGAGCUGCACCGAGAGCUGCUCAUGAACCACAGAAGCUGGGGUCUCCUGACAGCACCCCCCACCGCAGAGGCCUGGGCGUGGACAGCAAGCCGGAGCUGCAGCGUGUCCUGGAGCACCGCCGGCGGAACCAGCUCAUCAAGAAGAAGAAGGAGGAGCUGGAGGCCAAGCGGCUGCAGUGCCCCUUUGAGCAGGAGCUGCUGAGGCGACAGCAGAGGCUGAACCAGCUGGAAAAGCCACCAGAAAAGGAAGAGGACCACGCCCCAGAAUUCAUUAAAGUCAGGGAAAACCUGCGGAGAAUCGCCACACUGACAAGUGAAGAGAGAGCACUGUAGAGCGGGCCGCUGGAGCAGCAGCCCCCGGCAGCCCCCCCCUCCGGCCCCACACCCUCCUCCACCUCCUGUAUCUGGCAACCCGGGGUCUGGACCUUGGGAGAUCUAUGAUGUUCAUUCUUGCUCCUGUAAAAAUGCAUCACCCCAGAAGCUGGGGGCCCCUAAGCUCCCAGGCUUUUCCUUCUGAGCACUUAUCCCUCCUGCUCCACGGGGAAGCCACUGCUACGAAGACUCUCACAAGGCACCUCUCCUUGGAGAGGCUUCUGAGCCCUGCCGAGAUUUUUCUCGCAGUUGGGAAGGGAGGAAAGGCGCCUCCUCGUCCUGACAAGACCUCUAUUCUGCCCAGGUCCCAUGGGGCCCUGUUUCUCUGGGCAACCCAGCUCCCAGGUCUCAGAGAACUUUCCUGCCUGCGCUUUUGCCUGCAGCCAGGGGUGAGGCAGCUGCACGGAGCAGCUCCGGACACCCGCCUUGAAAGCCAGCUCGGCGCAGAACAGUCCCGGUUCAGCCCGUCCUAGGUGAGGAGGGCAGGCGGCCCACACAGUCAUGGCGAGUGAGCAGGACUGACAAAGACAGCUUCUUGGAGGGUGCCAGCCUCUCCCCCACACCCGUGCUGCUAUCUCCUCUGCACAGCUCUCCCUGUCUGUGCCGGGAAACCACAACAGGCCAGGGCCACAGCCUUCCUGCUUCCAGAAGUCUAGAACAGGUUUUCUCCAACUUCACUGUGCCUACGAAUCACUGGGAGUUUUGUUUAAAUAUGGCAUCUGAUUCAGUAGAUCUGGGAUGGGGGCUGAGAGUCUGCAUUUCUAACAAACUCCUAGACUGCUGGUCUCAGGACCACGCUGUAAGCAGCAAGGCUGGGGCACCCAGGUCGAGACACUAGAAACAUCAUCCCUGAAGCCAACUGUAUCCCCAGCUCCCAUGGACCUCUGCCCUAGGGGAUCCCCCCCUCUGCAGCCCCAAGGGCUUUAUUAUCCACCCAUCCAGGGACCCUGGGCCUAGGAGCACUUUUGUCUAGCAAAUUGUGCUGGCUUUGUGAUUGUUGUUUCCACUGCAGAUGGAUACAACUGCCAAUCCACAUUUCUUACUAUACUGUUACAAUGCAACUCUAGCCAAAAAAGAGAUUUUUUUUUUUUUACCUUUUCCUAAAGCCUAUGGAGAAUAAAUAUACAGUGAUUUCUAGUAGGCUUCUGGAGAUAUAAACAAUGGUUUGAAAACCCCACUGCCACCCUUACAGACUGGCCCCUCCCCCAUGUCCAGCUCAGCACCGGAGACCCACCCCCUACGGGUUCCACCGCCUCGGCCACUGCAGCAAAUUCACCCAUUCUUCUUCUUCAGAUUCCCUUCCCUCGCGAGACCAGAUGUUUGAAUCUUCUCCUCCUAUCCCAGUUCUAAAGAAUAAACCAGGUCUGUUUCUUUUUUCCCUGAAGAAUAAAAUCCCUGCCUCUGGCUUUGUGAACCCAUCACUUAAGGUGAUAGGACAGUGUGAGAAAACGCACCCCCCAAAGCUGCCAGAGCUGGCUGCUUGAUUCUUGGACCAAAGGCAGGACCUGCAGGAAGAAAGGGGGCCAUCCUGGUCUUCCUCCCGAGUGUUUUGAAGGUGACUAAAGACGUCAUCCUGGUGUGGAGCCAGCGCAGGGGUGUAAACAAGAUAUGCAUGUGUGUGUGUGUGUGUGUGUGUGUGUGUGUGUGUGUGUGUGUGUGUGUGUGUAAGUCAAGCUCUAAAAGGCUUCUGCAUGUGACUGUCUUGGUAAGAACAUGGUGACAGUGUUUUAAAUAUCGGCCGAGUGAGGGUAAUGCUAAAGAUGCAGAAUUCCCCAAAGAACUUGCCUUCGGGAGGUCUCUUUAUAUGGACAUGUAAAGAGAUGCCAGACAGAGGGUCUAGGAUGGAGUAGGGCCUCCAAGGGAAUGCUUUGGGAUUUCACUCGGUGGUCCCCAGAGAUGCUCCAUGGAAGGGGCAAGCCAUAAAGACAAUGCCCCAGAAUUAGAAGGGGCUUGAAGUGCCACGUUGUCCAGUGGAGCCAUGACAGAUACCCUCUCUCACAGCCCAACGGUCAGUCCCAACUCCUCCUCUCUGGCCACUCUCACUGUAGAGGUUAUAAAUCCAGAUUCUCACUGUCCCAGCCCCACAUGUAACCUGGGAUGACGAUGUGACCAGGUAUGGCCAGUGAAAUUUAAGAGGAAGUCUACAGGGGCUUCUGGGAAAGUCUAUAUUUUUCUGAUAAAAGAGACAGCCAUAUGUAACACCUCCCAGCCCCUCCCUUCUUCCUGCCUUGAUUGAGGAUGUGAUGCCUGGAACCACAGCAGCUAUGUUGCACCAGUGAGAAAAAAGCCAAGAGAAUCUGAGACAUUGACCUUACCAUAAUUUGACCAAGCCAAUGACAGCAGCCAUCCUCUCCAGAACGUUUGUAAAUAAAAAUAAACACUCUUUGUUUAAGUCA